UGGCUGCGUGGGCGUCUCUCCCCUUCCCCGCCUCUCCCGGCUCCUCGCUCCCAGAUAUCCUGAGUGCCCACCGGCAGGAUGUGCCCUGGAAGCUCCUCCUGUCCUCCUGCAGGGAGCAAAAGCAGCUCCCCGGGACGGCAGCCCCGCACGCCCCUGCAGGGCUGGGAGAGCCCCCAGGAGAUGCUCCAGCUCUACCUCCACACCCACUUCCCGGGCUCCUUCAGCACAGCCCACGUGCUCCAGCAGCCCUGCAGCACCACACCUCCCUUCCCCCAGUUCUUCUCUCCUCUCCUGACCAGGCAAGGCUUCCUGCAGGACAAAGCUCUGGGUCACCACUCGGCAGGGCCUAACAGAGCUGUGCAGAGCAUCCCCGUGCUGGCAGCCCUGCAGGCCUCCCCUGUGCUGCACCAGCUGCUCUCGGGCCUGUGGAGGGACCUGCGGGCGCGGAACGUGCGGCGCUGGAGCAGCUUCUUCACGGCCGGGCUGGAACAGGACGACUUCCAGCAGGCCCUGGAGGAGCUGAAGACUCUGGCCCAGUGCUACGAAACGGGGUUUGGAGGGGAUGGCUCCGAGGACGAGGCGGAUUCGGACUAACCCACCUUUAAUUCCCGGGGACGGAGGGAGUGGGAGCAUCUUAAAGACGCUUUUGGAAUAAAGGGAAUGGUUUUGGAGACGCUCCAGUUGCUGCUUCCUUCUCAUUUUUCACCA